AUGACGCCCUCGCCAUCUCAGGGCCUUGAGCCACGGCGGCCGAGAAGCGCCCACACGCAGACCGUCUCGGUCAACAUCGCCGAGAGCACCCCUCCAAGCGGGCGCCGGUUCCAGCUGCACGUCAGCGAGUGUGUCGAGACUAGAACCGUCACCACCACAACUCGCCUGACGAGGAAGUUUCCCCAGGUCUUCAUCCGCGACCCCGCCCCACUCGAGAGUCUCGACACCAAGGAGUAUCCCUUGGCCAUGAAGCCGACGCCUCCCGAGCUGGUCGAUUUUUCCUAUAGUUUUGGCGCUGAAGAGGAGGAUUCUGAUGUCAAGAGGAUUGAGGACGUUGAUGACCAUGCUGAUGGCCAACUGGUGAGUGGACGCUUGGCUCAAUGGCCUGAAGUGCAAACGCCAGAACCUUUAAGCCGCAUACCUUCAGCCUCUCCAUCCGAGCCUUACUCUCGCCGCAGCCAUCGAAUAGCCGCUGCAGAGUCCCCCACAGCGGCUGCCACCAGGUCCUCACAACGACUCGCCCGCUCCUCAAAUCUUCAUGCCGUGUCUAAUAGGCUGCGCCGAUCCGUCAUACAAGGAAGCAGCGCCGCCGCAGCCAGAAAUGCCUCCAUUGGCAUUCUCGCCACGCCAGACAUUACCGAGACGGCCGAUUCGAUGCCAGGCCGGUCGUUACAGCGACGACCUCUGCACCUCGAUUAUUCACUCAACUCCCAAGACCUGCUCCGCAGCCGGUCAAAGUCUCCUCCAUACGAGGCGUCGAGUCCCGCUGGGAGCGAUGCCCACACUUUUAGCAGCACCGUAGCCACGCCGCCAGUUACCGAUGCCGACCCGGAAUCAUUCGCCGAUGAUACCGACGAAUCCCUUGAACCUUCGGUCCGCCCGCAGCAUCGACCCGCAAUCGAUGUCGUUGCUGCGCAGGAUGCCAGUCUUCCUAGUCCGAGAUUAUCUCCAACCUUGGCCGCUGCCCAGCUGCACUCUGCCGAAUCCGACGAGAACGCGCAGUCUAGUUUCAAGACCGACCAGUCAGACACGUGGAUGGCUGACUCUCAAGUAACCGAAGGAUACACUGACAUGGUGUCCUUUGAGCACCCGUCCCACGACAAGCAAGCCUUGAUGCGGCGAUAUGACCAGCCUGUUAUUGUCGAUCCCCAGACGCUACUGGAGGCGUUUGAUUCGAUGAAGACGGAGAUGAAGACGUUCAUGAUGUAUCAGUUCCUCCGUCGAUGCCCUCGACCCACUCUUCGCAUCGUCGCCGAUGCAGUGAAUCCUGCCCUCAAAUGUGACUUUUUACAGCAACUGCCUCUCGAGCUGAGCUACCACAUUCUGUCAUACCUCGACUUCCGCGACCUCAGCCAUUGCGCCCAGGUAUCAAAACAGUGGCGCAAUAUUGUUGACCGGAACGAGACUGGGUGGAAAGAAUUGUUCGACAGGGAUGGCUUCACUCUCCCGCCGGGUGAGCUGAACAAGGCCAUUAUCCAAGGCUGGGGAUGGCAGGAUCCUGUUGGCGUGGACGGCUACGAGCAAGACUUGAGCAUGCAGAACCGGUUGACUUCUUCGGAAAAGGAGCUCACCCAGGCCAUAAAGCAAGAAGUCACACCGAGGGUGAGAAGUUCGAAGCGUAAGCGUGGCCUCUAUGCCUCUACAUCGGAGCGCUCGAAGCGGCGGGCUAGCACCCAGGAAGUGGUUGCCAACCGCGACGACAGAGCACAGGGUGAAGUCAAGCAGCACAAGUCGGCCGGCCCCCUCUCGGCCGCCCAUGAGGCGAUGCAGGCUGUGCCUGACCCUCAACUUGGCCUCCCGAGUUUACGGCAGCUCCAUCUGUAUAAGUCGCUCUAUCGCCGUCACUACAUGAUACGCCACAGCUGGACCAACGGCGCGACCAAACCCAGCCACGUAGCGUUUGCCGCCCACCCUCGACAUGUCAUCACUUGCCUCCAGUUUGACGACGACAAGAUCAUCACGGGCAGCGAUGACACUCUCAUCCACAUCUAUGACACAAAGACGGGCAAGCUCCGCAAGAAGCUUGAGGGCCACGAGGGCGGUGUCUGGGCUCUUCAGUAUGAGGGCAACAUCCUAGUCUCGGGCUCGACCGAUCGGUCGGUGCGAGUCUGGGACAUUGAACGCGGACUUUGCCAACAAGUCUUUUAUGGGCACACUAGCACAGUGCGAUGCCUGCAGAUCCUCAUGCCAACGGAGACUGGUAUGGCCACGGAUGGUACUCCCAUCAUGCAGCCAGAGAAGCCGCUGAUCAUUACGGGUUCCAGAGACAGCCAGCUGCGAGUCUGGCGUCUCCCCGAGGUUGGAUCGCGGCGCUACAUCCAGACGGGCCCUCCGGCCCAGGAGUCUGACUGCCCCUACUUCAUCCGUGUCCUGACGGGACACACCCACUCGGUCCGCGCCAUAUCGGCCCACGGCGACAUCUUGGUCAGCGGAUCCUACGACAGCACGGUCCGAGUUUGGCGGAUCAGCACUGGCGAUUCCCUGCAUGUGCUCCAUGGACACACCCAGAAGGUUUACUCGGUGGUGCUCGACCACGAGCGCAACCGAUGCAUCUCGGGCUCCAUGGACUCACUAGUCAAGAUCUGGGACCUCGCCACGGGUGCCUGUCUCUACACUCUGGAAGGCCACAGCCUCUUGGUUGGCCUGCUCGACCUUCGUGACGACCGCCUCGUUUCGGCUGCCGCGGACUCGACGCUCCGGAUUUGGGACCCCCAGACUGGCAAGUGUAAGAACACUUUGAUGGCGCACACGGGUGCCAUUACUUGCUUUCAACAUGAUGGUCGAAAGGUGAUUAGUGGAAGUGAGAAGACUGUCAAGAUGUGGGAUGUCAGGACGGGAGAGUGCGUGCAAGAUCUCCUAACGGACCUGUCUGGGGUCUGGCAGGUCAAGUUUGAUGGAAGGCGAUGCGUUGCGGCCGUCCAGAGGGAUAACUUGACUUAUGUGGAGAUUCUUGAUUUCGGCGCCGUCCGAGACGGACAUCCGCCUGAAGAACUUGGACGCCGCAUCCUCUUGAAUGAGCCAGAAGUUCGUGCCAUGAUUGAGGAAGAGGCUUAA